GGGUGGGGAGAGCCCCGCCCCCGCCGGGCGUGUGUGUCGUGUGUGUUUGGGGCCCGCGCGGGUUGCGCGCCCUCCGCCUUCGCGCCUCCUGCCCCCGAGGCACGACUGCUGUCCCUGCGCCCCUCGCCCCGCCGGGCGUCGCGGGCCAACAUGGGCCAGGAAGAGGAGCUGCUGAGGAUCGCCAAAAAGCUGGAGAAGAUGGUGGCCAGGAAGAACACGGAAGGGGCCCUGGACCUUCUGAAGAAGCUGCACAGCUGCCAGAUGUCCAUCCAGCUACUACAGACAACCAGGAUUGGAGUUGCUGUUAAUGGGGUCCGCAAGCACUGCUCAGACAAGGAGGUGGUGUCCUUGGCCAAAGUCCUCAUCAAAAACUGGAAGCGGCUGCUAGAUUCCCCUGGACUCCCAAAAGGAGAAAAAGGAAAGGAAAGAGAAAAAGCAAAGAAGAAGGAGAAAGGGCUUGACUGUUCAGACUGGAAGCCAGAAGCAGGCCUUUCUCCACCACGGAAAAAACGAGAAGACCCCAAAACUAGGAGAGACUCUGUGGACUCCAAGUCUUCUGCCACCUCCUCUCCAAAAAGGCCAUCAGUGGAAAGAUCAAACAGCAGCAAAUCAAAAGCGGAGAGCCCCAGAACACCUAGCAGCCCCUUGACCCCCACGUUUGCCUCCUCCAUCUGUCUCCUGGCCCCCUGCUAUCUCACAGGGGACUCUGUCCGGGACAAGUGUGUGGAGAUGCUGUCAGCAGCCCUGAAGGUGGACGAUGAUUACAAGGACUAUGGAGUCAACUGUGACAAGAUGGCAUCAGAAAUCGAAGAUCAUAUCUACCAAGAGCUCAAGAGCACAGACAUGAAGUACCGGAACCGCGUGCGCAGCCGCAUUAGCAACCUCAAGGACCCCAGGAACCCCGGCCUGCGGCGGAAUGUGCUCAGUGGGGCCAUCUCUGCAGGGCUCAUAGCCAAGAUGACAGCAGAGGAAAUGGCCAGUGAUGAACUGAGGGAGUUGAGGAAUGCCAUGACCCAGGAGGCCAUCCGUGAGCACCAGAUGGCCAAGACCGGCGGCACCACCACUGACCUCUUCCAGUGCAGUAAAUGCAAGAAGAAGAACUGCACCUAUAACCAGGUGCAGACACGCAGUGCUGAUGAGCCCAUGACUACCUUUGUCUUAUGCAAUGAAUGUGGCAAUCGCUGGAAGCCUCCUUGGAGGAUGCUGAGAAACCUUUCAAAUUUUGUUGCCUUUCUGGUUUUGUAGUUCUGCUGAUGGAACAGCCAGGACCACCAUGAACAAGGUGAGGAAGAACAAAGAGGAAGCGCUGAACUGUCUGAACUGGAGAAGCAAUAAAAAUUAAAGUGAAGGAAGAUACUGAACUCUGAGUGGGGUGGUAUUAGUUGAAGGAAGAAUUCUCUUGCAAAUUAAUAAUCGGUCAUUAGAAACAAUUGGUUAAGUGGGGAGCCUAAUUGGAGUAUGAUGCUGAGAAUCUUAUUGAUGAACCUCUUGUAGAAACUGCAGAGGACCAGGCACAGUGGCUCAUGGCUGUAAUAUGCAAACUCCUGGAGACUGAGGUGGGAGAAUCACUUGACCCCAGAAGUUUGAGUCCAGCCCGGGCAACAUAGCAAGACCCCAUCUCUACAAAAAUAAAAGAAAAAGAAAAAAUAAAACUGCAGCACGUUAGACCUGAGGUGUCGUAUCUUUGACAGUAGGCUGGCAGACCUUUGCUUUGAGUUCCUUCUCUCCCAUCUGAAUCUCCCAGCCUUUU